ACAGCCUUCCUCUCAGGCUCAGACCUCAUCAGAGGAAAAGAGGAGCACAAGCAACGAGAGAGAGCGCUCCGACUGCUGUUCAUUAUUUUUCUGCUCUUCAGACAGCACUGGGGAUAUCUUAUAAUUUUUUUUCAUUAUUAUUUUAUUUCGGCAUUUUUUUUGUUCCCUCCGAUAAAAUGGCAAACAUAGAAAAAUGUUGACGGGCUUUGAUUUACAAUAAACAAUUUGCUCCCAGAGAUGCUUCUUGGUAUAUGAUGCAAACAAUCUUUCGUUCGGAGCCGAUGUCUGGAUGAGGAUUACAGGACCCUGCACACGAAUGGUGAUGUAGCCUCGUUAUUCAGAGCAACUUGGACCUAGUGGAUUUCACGGAUAUCGGAAACACUCGGGCGAUCGAAGAUCGUUGAGGGGCGGGGAGGGGGGGGGCACAAACAGUACAAUUCUAAUCAGCUUGGACCGGGACAGAGUCCGGACAAUGCUACACUGUGCCGACUGUGAGAAGCCUAUUCUGGACAGGUUCCUCCUCAAAGUUUUGGACCGACCGUGGCACAUCAAGUGCGUCCAGUGCUGCGAGUGCAAAUGUAGUCUGACAGAGAAGUGCUUCUCUAGGGAUGGGAGACUGUAUUGUAAGAAUGACUUCUUUAGGAGAUUUGGGACCAAGUGUGGAGGCUGCUCGCAGGGGAUUUUGCCCAGUGAUCUUGUCCGCAGGGCCAAGAGCAAAGUAUUUCACCUAAACUGUUUUACCUGUAUGAUGUGUAACAAGCAGCUGUCCACUGGUGAGGAACUGUACAUCCUGGACGAGUUCAAGUUUGUCUGCAAGGAGGACUAUCAGAACAACAACGGGAAGGACACAAUCCUCCUUUCAGUUACAACGUGCAGCGACCCGAGCCUCUCCCCGGACUCGCAAGACCCGCAGGACGACGGGAAGGACUCGGAGGGCGGACACGCGUCCGACAAGGAGGCGUGCGGCAACGACAACGACGAGCAGAGCGCCGUCGGCAAGCGACGCGGGCCUCGGACCACUAUCAAGGCCAAGCAGCUGGAGACACUGAAGGCUGCGUUCGCUGCCACACCGAAGCCCACUAGACACAUCCGGGAGCAGCUGUCCCGGGAGACCGGCCUAAACAUGAGGGUGAUCCAGGUUUGGUUCCAAAACCGGAGGUCCAAAGAGCGGCGCAUGAAGCAGUUGAGCGCGCUGAGCGCACGCAGACACGUCUUUUUCCGGAGUCCGAGGAGGAUGAGAGCUCUGGGAGAGAGACUGGAGCCAGGAGAGCUGGGCCAUUUCUCUUAUUAUGGAGAUUAUCCGGGUGACUACUACGGCUCAGGAGGGAAUUACGAGUACUUCCAAGGCCCGCCUUCGUCCCUGGCUCAGACCCCUGCAGAUUUGGGUUUUGUGCCCUCGACGGUCCCCGCCGGCACGCCGUUAGGAGGCAUGGACCACCACCACCACCAACACGCAGGGGUGGGACAGCACCACUGCGGCGCAGACGUUCCGUGCUUCUCGGACGGCACGUCGCACCACCCCGCGGACUCGCCCAGCCCGGAGCCCAGCGGGCCCGGUUCCAUUCACAGCAUCUCCAGCGAGAUGUGUGGCCCCGGCACGCCGUUCGCCGUGUCUCUCAAUGACAACGGAUACACCAACCAGCUGUCACAGCCCUCCUCGGAACUGAGUGAAGGCACUGCCUGGUAAUCUAACCAAUAGAAAGCACUUUUUAUUUAUUUAUUUAUUUAUUUAUUUAUUUAUUUAUUUAUUUAUUUAUUUAUCUAUCAUUAACGCAUUUCUUUUUGGCAACAGACAUCAAAAAAAGUUGCAAUGUGAAUGUCCACCAGUAUUUUCAGAAGUCUAGGCCUCAUUGAUCAAGCAAUAAACAAAUGCAACUAAAAGGGUUUUUUGUUAGUUUCAGAAGCUGGGCAGCAAAAGUCAUUAUCAACAAUCUCCAAACUCAGCCUCUUUGGAUUAGUCUGUGGUUUAAAGCAGAUUAGCAGACCCAAAGGUAGUUUAGGCUUCAUGAAAGUAACAAAGAGCUGUAACAAAAUUCUAAUGAGACCUGCAACAAACUUGCCCGGUAUAUCUUAAAAUAUGUGUUCAACUAAAUGAAUGUGACGUUGGUUUUAGGAGGACAAUGUAAAUGCAUUUAUUUGCUUUACUUUGUUUACAUUGCACUUUGUCUUCAGUUAAAUUUAUAAAAUUUUAAGGUAUUAUUUUACAUAAUAAUUUUGAAGUUUUUGCAGAACUGUCUUAGGAUGUAUUUGUCUGAGAUUCUAACAUGAACAUGCAUGAUACACUGUAUAUGUUUUAUACAAACUGUCACAAAAAACUCUGUCUCUUUGUAAUUAUGUGGAACGGGAUUUUAUCAUUUGGUUACAAAUCACAAACUAUGACUGUGACGCUUAAUUGAUCAAUACGGUAUGUCUCUCAGGACUGUGAUCAGAUUUCUUUUUGUAACGUCUUUACAUGUCUGCCUUUAGAAUGAUAUCUUUGUAAGUCUGAUGAUUUUAUAUUGGCGAAGAAAGAUGAUUUGGCCUCAACGUGAGUCCAACUGUAUGUGGCUUAUGAAGGAAUAAUGUACAGAACAGUAAACGGUUUUCUUAAGGCUCUGUUACUCGAGUGUUUGAUUUAGGUGAACUUAAUUCUUUCUGUUGGAAAGUUUAAGGCAAAACAUGGAUCCAGUCCUGCAUUUUAGCCAUCCAUUUCAUACAAGCUCAGCAAACUCUGUGAGAUGUUUUCAGCCUGAUUCAAAUGUAAAAUGUAUGGGUUUCACAGCACUCUAUGCUACAGGAAAUGUUUUCCCUACUACAAUAUAAGCUUUGCUGCCUUAUUGAUUAUUUUAAAAAAAGAAGUUUGUAAGCUGUUGAUCAAUUUGAGGGCUAAAAUGGUCCUUAUUAAGUUUAUUUAUAAAGAUACUGUAUAUACGGC